AUGGAGCGUCUCUAUCGACAGGUCCAAGAGACGCAGAGGCUGCUCUCCGACCCCGAGACCGACUGGAAAGACUGCUCCGCGGCGAUCGAGGAGCUCGCGACGGCCGUGGAGUCGCUCCGACGCGCGGAGAGCUACAAGGAUGCGGUUCGCCUGCUUCUGAGCCUCUCGGCGGGGAUAGGGGUGCAGUUGUCGUCAAUCCGAUCCAAGCUCGUGAAGGACGUGUGCGAGCACCUGCUGCGCAUCGUCAAGGUCACGGGGCAAGAUUUCCAGGAGAUGGCCAACGUGUUGAUGCCGCAGAUCGUGAGCACGGCCAAGAGCUCGUCGGCAGCCAUCAGGCAGCCGGGAGCUAAGCUGCUCUGCAAGUUGUCGGAGACUGUGCGCUACGAUGUUGGGCUGAUGAGGAAGAUCUUCCUGCAGUUAACACAAGACAAAGUUCGUGUCCUGCUGUUGGAGCAGUUGCGGAUUAUUCUCGUCUACUGGAGUGAUGACGAAUUGACGCAGUGGAUCUCGGACAUGCUCGAGAUGGUCCGACGAGGACUGGAGGACCAGAACGCCGGUGUCCGAUCGGCUGCUCGUGAGGUGCUGACGAGGAUUUCCUCGCAUUGGCGUGAGCGUGUGGACGAGUUCGUGGAUAUGCCAUCGAAUCAGUCAAAAACACUGAUUAUCACCGAGCACCGGGACUCGCUGUUGGCCCAAGCAAUUGCGGAGAAAUACCCAGAACUGGUCAACAAAUCAGAAGUGCUUGCGCGGAGCAGAGGUUCAUUCAUGAAGUCUCGUUACAAAUCGCCUCGACACAAGAAGAGCGAGCAAAACGUUGAGAUUCACGUGGCGACUCCACCUCCAAAGCAGCGUGACGACCAAAGCGCUACAAUGCAAGAUGCUGUUAGCAGCGAAGCGGAGUUGGACAUCGAGUCAGUUGCGACUGCUGAGAGUACUCGGCGCGAAAAGAGCGCAACAUCUCGACGCCUAUUCGUCGACACCAACACAUUUGAUGACCUCGAAGAAGACGAAAUCGAGAAGAAAGAUAUCCCCGAGGUGUUCGAUGGGUCCCAAAUGCAUGGCUACCGGUCCACAUCAGUGAUGCAAGAGACAGAGGUACUAGCUCAGCUAGAGAGUGCACAGAUCUCCCUUGGAGAACAUACCAUCUUGAGCCAGACUGCUGUGGCGCGAACCACUACUGCAUCAAGUAUCGAUGAGGUACUUCCACAUCCUGGUGUCACGAAGCUCAAGGAGUCAAAGAUCCCAAGCCCGUUAAACCGCAGUCCGAGUUUCCUCAGUAAGAAACGGUUGGAAUCGCCUACCGGAACUGGUAGUUCUCCGCAUCUGCGGCCGUCUCUGCUUCCUCGCCUAGGAAGUUUCUCGUUGAAAUCUCAAGGAGGUAGUGGCACGUCGACGCCAGUUGCCGCUGCAAUCGUCGAAGAGGAAAAGAUUGAACCGAAGCCGUUGAGCGCAAGCGACGAGUUCUUCAGCAAGCCUAUCCCAAGCAGUAUGGCGACCCCGACGCCGCCACUGCAGCCCGCAGACAAUGUUACAAUUCGACCAAAGCGACGAGCUUUCUUCAAUCAAGAACAAGAAGAGGAGUCAUCGCCGCAAGUGUUUUCUCCUGUGCAGACACCUUUUGAAGCACCAGUAGAAGAAUCGACGCAAUCCCUGCACGUGGAUACAACUCCAGAGGGGCACUCUAGCGGUAGCCCGCUUGACGAAGAAACAGCAACGCCUCUGCGUGAAAAGCACUAUGCUGACUAUACAUCGGACGACGUCGACGAGUUGAGCCAUCUUACGGAAGGAAGCGACCAAGUCGAAUCUGAUACUGAGUGGAAUCGUCACCGACUGGACGAGAGUGAGUCUCGAAGUGAAAAUGACGGUGACUCUGUGCAUGGAGAUGCUGAUCAGGCAGAAUACAGAGGUGGUGACGAUGCUUUCCCUGAUGACUGGAGACUGGAGGGGCCCAGACACCAGUUUGAUUUCGAAGAUGAAAUUGGCAAUCGCUUGAGCGAUGAUGAGGCGAAAGCUGGUAGUGAUGCUGAAAUUGAGUCGACUCACGUGGAUGAUCCGCACGAUCCAACUACGGAAUGGCUGCAACAAGCUGAAUCGUCACCGAAGGAUGAACUUUCGAUGUCGGGUGAGUUUGAAGAAGAAGAAUGCCAGGAAGAGGUGAAACCAGACAGCCUUCCCAAGGAUACGCUCGAAGCCCUGCUCAGUGUCCGUGAUGAAAUGACGCGCCUUCGAGCCAUUACAAGAAAGGAGGAAAAAAGCUUCGACUUGUCAGUCAAGGAACAAUACGCACCAGCACCCCGCGCAUUUGACUCCUCAGACACUGCUGAGCAAUCGCAACAACAAUCCUUGGAAGAGCAUGAAGCACAACCACGGGACGAGCCUGAGAGACCGUAUCUGGCGAGAUUGCAGAACGCUGAACGUUUUGCUCGAAGCCCUCUUCUAGCACCUCCUACUGAUGAUGUGUCCGAUGAAUUGACAGAGAGGAACAUUCUGAAUCGACUACCUUCACUGGAAAGGUUUGGGCAAAUGCAGCCUGAAGCAAUUACUUUCGAUGAACCAACUUUCGAUGAUUAUCAUGAGAGUUCAAGUGAGCAUGAUGAUCCGGAUCUACUAGCUCACUCUCCUAGCCCUCCACUAGUGCCUGAACAAGUUGGCGCACUGAUCGACUCGGACAAGCGCGAGGAGGAGCCCAUCGAUUUCGUGAAAGAGUUCCGCCCUGCUGAGAUUCAUAUCCCGCGUGUAGAACCGGAUUUCCCUGCGCCACAAGCCACCACUCAACCUCAGGAGGCCGCCUUCGUCCACGAAGAGCUCGAACAUGCGGGACGUUUCGAUGCAGCGGAGAAGCUCUUUGCAGCUAAGAAGACGCCCCCGCCUUACGGGUACUAUGACCGACCGCAUUCACCUGAGCCCGAGCUAUACAUGCAUUCCGAGCCGUAUCACGAGCGCUUGCCUCCGACGCAAAUGGGGGCAAUUUUGAACCCCGUCAUGUCUCCAACUCCGAACGUAGUUACUGAAGAUCCGAGUGGGGAUAUCAAUGCUGCAGCGGAAGAAGCGGUGGAAACCCCAAGUGUCGACCCGCAGGACACGGAAGCAGCACCCCAACCUGAUCUGCAACAGACUCAGCCUGAAACAAGCUUUGCCGAAAGAGAGCCGACACUGCCGAUGGAUGAUGAGAACAAGCCUGAAGACAGCCCCUUGAAUGCAGAAAAUGUUGCUCGCCCGGUUUCGCCACCGCAAGCUACUGUGGCGGAAAGGAAUGCUCCGCCAGCAACACUGGGCUGGGCCAGCUCCAUCGGUAUCUCGGUUGUUAUGCUGAUUGCAGCGGUGUUCUGCAUCGCUGGAAUCUUGCAUGCAGCGAGGACAGUGAGCGAGUCUCGCGAGUACCACCAGGCUCUGAAAUCGCGCAUUGAUAUCUGGAGGAGGACUAUGCUAUCUGGAGCGACUACGUGCGCAAACUGA